AAAGAUUUAGAAUUUACUUCGUACGCCAGAUAAGAACCUUUUGGACGAUAAGAGACCCACCUACGCUAGUAGCCAUUUGAUCCACUAAAAUUUUCAGAUGCAAGUCAACAUUGAACUCUGCAAAUGUUCUGCAAAUGUUCUUUCGCGAAUCUUUUUACUUUACAUGUUACGAAGUUCGUAUAUACCAGACAUAAUUACUCGAGAAAAGAAAAGAAAAACCAGAUUUGAACACUUGAGUUCAUCUAUACGGCGUCCCAUAAUAUGUCAACCAUAUCCUAGGCUUUUGUAUAUCAACAUAUUCGAUCAACAAGUAACAAUAUGGGUUCAUACAAGUCUACUUCGUUGUCUAAGAAGACAGGCAACAAACUUCACCGAAAAUCAUUAUACGUGAAGCAGAAGAGAGAGCGCGAAAAGGAGAAGCGCGAGUCUCAGUUUCGAAGAAAGAAGGAGGAGGACAAAGAUCCCGAAUUGCGUAGGGAACGAGUCAAGCGAAACCAACCCGCAACUAUCGACCGAAAACGUGUCUGGGAUGAUGUUGACGAUGAUGGACUUGGCGCAAGCGUUGACAUGGAGCAAUUUCUUAAGAAAAGGCGCUUACAACAAGAAGAAGCAGAAGAGAAGCUGGCAGUAGAUGAGGAGCAAGGCGACGGAUCCGAGGAAAACGAAGAUGACCAAGAUAGUAUGCUAGGUUCGGAUGAUGGCGAUGAUGAAGAGUCGGACGAGGAAGCUGCCGCAAAAGCUCGCGCAAAGCAAGUAAUUCGAGACGACAGUAUUGCACCUUCAACUACGUCGACAAAUCUUGACCUUACACCGGAAUCAUUAGUAGCGAAAUUCCCAACGCUCUUCUCAGAUGAUGGACCUCCAGAGCCCCAGGUCUUGGUUACCACCACUCUCAACUCAACCCUUCACGACCAAGCGAGAUUACUUUGCACCCUAUUCCCCAAUAGCACAUACAUUCCACGAUCAGCACACAAGUACGGUUAUAAGUUUAGUGUGAGGGAGAUCUGCAAAUUUGCAGGUAAUAGGGGAUUUCGCUCAGUCAUGAUCCUGAGGGAGGACCAAAAGAAACCAAUUGGCCUGGACAUCAUCCAUCUACCAUCAGGGCCAACAUUCCACUUCAGUAUAUCCAACUGGGUUGAAGGCAAGAAGCUCCCAGGCCAUGGAAAUCCUACCAACCACUAUCCAGAACUACUGCUCAACAACUUCAAGACGCCAUUAGGUGUCCUCACUGCAAGGCUCUUCCAGACGCUUUGGCCCAAGACGCCCGAGCUUCAAGGUCGUCAAGUAGUCACAUUGCACAACCAACGUGAUUACAUAUUCCUUCGUCGACACAGAUAUGUGUUUCGAGACAAGAGACCAACAGAAAAAAGUGUGGUUGGCGCAGAUGGAAAGGAGAUGAAAGGAGUGGAACAGAUUCGCACAGGUCUUCAGGAGUUAGGCCCUCGGGCAACUCUUAAACUUAGACGCAUUGAUAAAGGCAUUGGUCGGGCUGGGAGCGAAGGAGAAGAUGCUAUACAAUGGGAAUGGAAGGCAAAGAUGGAAAAGGUACGAACGAGAUUCAAUCUCUAAGAGUGUUCAAACUAUUCUUGUUUGUAUGCCUACUGAGUGGUUGAGUCAAUAUACCCGAAGUUUUGAAUGUUCAACGUCUGCAUGUGGUUGAAAUGUGCUCCUUAUCCUUAUAUACGUAUGUACUGAC